UUUAGAAUUGAGUUCCUAGCUGCUACCAUUAACUUGAAAAAAAAAAUGCCUGUAUUCGGUAGGCUAGAGACUGAAGUUGCGGCUAAGGCUCCUGCUUAUAAGUUCCACGAGGUUAACAGCAAGAGAAUACAUGAGACAGCCAAAAUUUGCCCCAAGUAUUUUCAGAAAAUUGAUUUAAAAGAAGGUGAAUGGGGAGGAGAGGCCUCUGUCACGUGCUGGUAUUUUGUCAUUGAUGGGAAAGCUGUAAUGUCUAGGGAGAUACUUGAAAAGGUGGAUAAUGAAAACCAGUCUGUCACAUACAAUGUGAUUGGAGGAGUGCUCAAGGAGACUUACCAGAGUUUCAAAUUCAUUGUGCAAGCCAUUCCAAAGGAUGAGGGGAGUUUGGUCCGUUGGACUUUAAUAUAUGAGAAACUAAAUGUAGAUGUUCCUGAUCCAAAUGCAAUGCUUCAGUUUGGAAUUGAUGUGACCGCAGAAAUUGAUGCAUAUCUUACCCAGGAGGAGCUGGAAAAAAAGACUAUAGCAUGAUGCAUAUGAAAUAGUAUGAUAUGUUUUAGCAAAAAAACCAGAAGAAGAAGAAUAACCACAAUAUGCUGUGUAAAAUAAAAGGUCGGGAGUAUAAGACUUCCUUUGUAUUAUUGAUAAUAUGUACUCAUCGUAUGUUAUGUUUGUAUGCUAAUAAGCACAAUAUGUUGUGUACUAUAAAAG